AGCAGCAGCCAGCGCGAGUCACAUCGUUUGACUUAAUCCUGUGCAAUAGUGGCGUCUAUGCCUUCGUUCUAAAUACAUAUGCACUUUCAGAAGAAACUUCUUGAUGGUUGUUAUCACGAUGCAAUUGUAAACGGUACCAGUGCCUGACUCGUUACCAACAGUGACUGAGACUGAUCCAGGCUUCUACACAGCCCACGAGGAUGCUGUUUGUGCAGCGAACACUAAGUGGUGGGAGGAUGCUGUAGGCAUUAUGCACUGAGAUUAUAUGAAUGAGUAGCACUCAAGACAACAUAAAACGAGAUUAUCUUGAAGAGGAUGGAAACAUGCACAGAGCUCCCAAACUGGACUGAGAAAGAAGAAAACUUUAAAAAGUAAAAAAGACGAGCAAUUGCAUGUUUUUCAGAAGAUCAUCUUGUGAGCAUCUAUUUCUAAACGUACCUAACUGCUUCACUUCUCAAAAACAGGUAACAGCUAGAUAUCACACAAGAGAAGCGGACUUAGAGACACAUUUCGCUGUGAACAUCCUGGCGGUUUUAAGGAACGUUUCUUCUCCUUACCUCUGUGCUACGGGUCUCCAUCAGAAACGCGAAAGCGGAAAACAGCUUAUCGCAUAUAUCUAAUAUACUAUUUUUUACGCUAGAGGGUCGAUAAACAACAUACAUUUUUGUAAGUAAAAAGACAAAUCCAUAAAGCGACGCUGAAACUUGAACGUGUCCCUCAUUGGAGAGAACGCAGUGACAUAACGUCGUUCUCAACAGUCAAAUGAGACUGACUCGAUCACAUCAGGUGAAUCAUUUCUCAAAGAGAGGGACAAGUCUAGAGUUGAUCUCACAUGCCAAUCCACAAUAAUGCGUACAGAAAUUCAAGCAAGUGGCUGUAUAUGUCAAACAACCUCUGGAUUGUCAUAUAUUUGCAGCACCUGUCCCUCUGAACACCGCCAGUAGCUGCCCCAUCACCAGACCCAACCCUCCCCCGUUCUAAGCUGCCCCCCAACUCCAACUACUGACUGCUCGUUGCCAUGGAGAACCUGAGCGAGCUUCAGAACCCGCUCCUGGACAAGAACAGCAAGCAUGUCGUCAACGGUUAUGGCGGGGACUUCCCUAACAACCAGUACCAUGAGAACAUCAUCAACUACUUUGUCACCGGCGGCAACGGCGGUGUAGGAGGAGGAGGCGGCGGCGGCAACGGCAACGCCCAUAAUGGGACGGUGGCCCACGCAGGGCAAAACGACAGCAACGGCAAAACAAAAGCUCAGCAGCUCCUGGACGCCACCUCCCUCCAUCUGGCCGUGGAGGCUUUCUACAGGCCUAACUUCAUCCUCUACAAGGAGGACGGGGGUGGCAGUGGUGGGGUCAGGGCCAAGGAUUAUAAGAGCGAGUGCUGCGAGACCACCUUCACAGAGAAGAAGGAGAAGGAGGCGGCGGACGGCCCCGGCAACACAGAGGGGCCUCCGGCCACGCUGCCAGAGGACGGAGACAACGUGAAAAUACAGACGGUGUCCUACGAGGUGGAGGAAGAGGAGUACGUGGAGUAUGAGACAGACUGCUCCAGCGACAGUGAGAGCGAGGACAACUUCAUCGUGGUGCCUCCUCGAGAUCACCUGGGCCUGGCCAUCUUCUCCAUGUUGUGCUGCUUCUGGCCCCUUGGCAUCGCCGCCUUCUACUUCUCACAGGGGACCAGCAAGGCGGUGACAAAGGGGGACUUCCCGCUGGCAAAUAUUGCAUCCCGGAGGGCCCUGUUCCUGGCAGCUCUCUCCAUCACCAUCGGGACAGGCGUGUAUGUUGGCGUGGUUGUGGCCCUAAUCGCCUACCUCUCCAAGCCAGGACACAUAUAGUAACACCUGGCUACCCGGACCGGACAGCUCAGGGAAAGUCAGGAGAACAAAGAGCUGUCUGUUCUGGGGAAUGGAACAGUGCCACUGCGAUUUUUUUUUUUGGG